UACCCACGUCUCAUUUCUAUCUUUCGCGGAUUGACAAAGUUGCUUGUCUGUCUUGAUGGAAAACACUUAUAAGUUGUGGGUAGAGGUUAAAAACUCUUUGGACGGCACUAUUCCAGUUUCAGUACCUUCUUCCAUCCUAACAAUUGCUUGGAGGGCGUAUUUGCGAAAGUUACAAACUGAUCCCUUGGUCACGAAGGCAAUCACUGCUUCCAUACUGUCAGGUAUAAGCACCAUCGCUGCUCGAGUAUUUCAAGGAAAUGGAAGUGAAUUAAAGUCUAGUGAGAUAAUUCAUCAGAUGACCAUAGGACUUGCCGUAAGAGCUCCGUUGGUCCACUUCUUUCAUAUGUUAUUGGAUAAGAAAAUAUUUCGUUCCUAUCGACAAACUUCUAUUCCAGUAGUAAUUGGAAAAGUAGUGUUGGACCAAUUCGUGUUUGCACCUGCCAUGACAGCAUUGUAUUACUAUAUCGUUGGUUUGAUGAACGAUGAAGGGUGUCAAGUCACAAGCAAGAAACUGAAGAGACAAUUGUUAGCAGUUCUGAAAAAGGCCUGGUUAUUGUGGAUUCCUGUUAACUUGAUAAGUUAUGGUUUCAUACCGUUGGAACUGCGCGUAUUAUUUGGAAAUAUAGUUAGUAUAUUUUGGACUGCCUAUUUAAUAUCCACAGUUUCUUCUGCAAAAAAGAACAAGUAAUAAACGCACGAAUGAAAUAAAGAGUGACGGGACUUAUGUUUGUUUUUAACUAUAUUUGUAUCUUUUAGCGACUUGUGCAAUAUAUAAGGUUAGGAAUUU